UGUUAGCAUCUUUUAUGUAGCCUUCUGAUAUAUUCAGAAGCACUAAAUAUUUUUCAUUAACUUUUUGCAACUUUUUUUUUAAAGCUGUUAUUCUUUACAAGACUAUUUCAGCACCAUGGUCAGCAUGAGGAAGCAAAUAAGAGCUACUGCAACCUUUAGGAGGUGAACCCAUGUGCAGACAUGAUAAAGAAAAGAUUGUGUUUCUUCAUCUUUGACAAAGUUUGGAAAAGAAAUGAAGAGAUGGGCCAAAAGAAGUCUGAAGCUGGAGAAAGCCUGAUCACAUUCAUAAUCAACACAUGCAAUCUUUUUCUGUAUUGGCAAGAAAUGUCCAUUAGAAGACAAUCUGGAAAGAGAUUUAAUGUUAGAUGGAAUAGUUGAAGAAGGAUCUACGCUAUGUUCAGGAAAAUACACUCCAUAUUUAAUCCCAACUCCAGCAGGAGUAGUUUAUCUGAUGGGAUCCCAGCUUGUGAUGGUUCUGCGGUUCGUUUGCUCCGUAGCACCUCUAUGUACGCUCUCAGAGAUGAGGAUCAUACAUUCACUGAACCUCUGAAAAAAAGCAAAAGUACCACCAGCCUUAAUUCAGUUGCCUGCCUUCAGCUGAAAGAAGAAAAGGCAUGGAUGUACUCAAAGACACAAGACUGUUUGCAAUACUUACAAGAUUUAUUAGCUCUGAGGAAAAAAUACAUUGAGGGUAUCAAGGAUUUGAAAGCCUUGGGCAGAGUGCCUGGAAUUUCCCCUUUGCCUACAAAAUCUCCAGCAACAACAACAAAAAUCCAAGCCCCUCCUCCUCCCAAACAGACUUCUAAGAUCUCAGUGGACAGAAAAGGCUCGCAACUCAGUUCAGAUGUAACUGAAGCAAUCACUUAUUUUGAUUCAAUUAUUGCAAAACUGGAGGCAGAAAGACAUCACAAAGUUGUGAGGAAUCAUCCACAUGUUGAUGUAGAUUUUGAUAUUGUUUCUAGUUCAAGGGAACAUAGCCUGCAUUCCAACUGGAUCCUUCGUGCCCCUCGGAUAUAUUCCCAAGAUACCAGCCAAGUAGAAGUGAUCACAAGCCAAUCCAAAGGAAAAAGCCAAGGAAGAACAUUCAGUUCCAGAAAGAAACUGCAAAGAUAUCCAAUGUAUCUACCUAAAGCUGUGGAGGGAGCAUUUAACACAAUGAAAUUUAAACCCAAAACGGGCCUCAAAGAACAGCACUGACAUGAAAAUCCUUACUGUCUGCGUAGGCAGACCGAGAGUCUUUCUUCAGAAGCAGGUGGUCGGGAUAUUAUUAUGCAAUAAGUUAGCAAUUGCAGUUAUUCGAUGUAUACAGCUGACCAGACUUGACUUUACAUUCUGCCUAACAUUAGGAUCACUUUGUAGUUAUGUGGACAUAACACACUUAACUAAAGCCUUGUCAAUGUAUUUAAGCUAGUUGGUAAGCUUAGCUAGGUUAAAGCUGAUGGCACAGCGUGUUGUUCAAUCUGUUUGAUUAGUUUAUAAUUUGGUGUAUUGUGUGAACUCAGAAAAUAUGUUCAUUCAGUGACUAGGUAAGCUGCAACAUUGUGUACACUGAAAAUUACCUCAUUCAGUCCUCCCUCCCUCCCCACAGCAUAUCUAAUGUUGAUUAUCCAUACCAUAUAGAAAAUGGUAGCAUGAAUGCCAUGAUCACUUGGGGACGUUUUCUGUUAUUCUGUGAAAAGUUAGAUUAUAAACACCUCUAUGCUAUGCAGUUUUGGUGAAUGUAAUUUCUACAUUAAUUUUUAAAAAUGUUCUUUGUUUGUUAGGCUGGAUUCAGGUUAACACUGCAAUGUAGGAAUGUGCAUCCAGAUGUGUGUUUCUAAUGAAAAAAAAAAUGUGAUUCUUCUAAAUAAAUAAAGCCUGAC